CAAAUCAGUUUUGUCAAACUUCUUCGCUUCCAUUUGCUGGCUUGCUUCCUCUCACCUAACAAGGAAACACUGAAGAAAAUUCUAUAAAUAUGCAAUUUGGUAAAUUGAAUGUAUAAUUCGUAUUGUUCUUCCGUUUUUCUGAUUGAUUCUCACCCUCUUCUAUCAAUCCUAAAACCCCAGAAAUUCAGGUCGAAUUGUUGGAAAAGAAGCUCAAAGAAUCCAUCAAUGGCGCAGCCCCCUAUUUUAUCCAUUGCUUUGCCUUCUGAAACUGGUCGUGUUCUUAGCAUUCAGUCACAUACUGUUCAGGGAUAUGUUGGUAAUAAGUCGGCUGUGUUUCCGCUUCAACUAUUAGGAUAUGAUGUAGACCCGAUUAACUCCGUACAGUUCUCGAAUCACACAGGAUAUCCAACAUUCAAAGGUCAAGUUUUGAAUGGGAAAGAACUAUGGGACUUAAUAGAAGGUCUCGGAGCUAACAAUCUGUUGUUCUACACUCAUCUAUUAACUGGUUAUAUUGGUUCGGUCUCAUUUUUAAACACUGUAUUGGAAGUCAUUACGAAACUACGAUCAGUGAACCCUGGACUUCUAUAUGUUUGUGAUCCAGUCAUGGGUGAUGAAGGAAAGCUCUAUGUCCCUGAAGAACUAAUAUCAGUAUAUCGAGAAAAGGUUGUCCCUGUUGCAUCAAUGCUGACCCCUAACCAAUUUGAAGCUGAAUUGUUGACGGGUUUGAGGAUUACGUCAGAAGAAGAUGGCAGGGAAGCUUGUCGCAAACUGCAUGCUGCUGGACCUUCUAAGGUGGUUAUCACAAGCAUAAAUAUUAAUGGUGAUCUCUGCCUUAUUGGAAGCAGUAAGACAGAAAAGGAUGAAAGUCCUGAGCAAUUCAAAAUUACGAUACCGAAAAUCCCAUCAUAUUUUACGGGAACCGGAGAUUUGACGACUGCAUUAUUACUCGGAUGGAGUAAUAAAUAUCCUGAUAAUCUUGCGAGAGCAGCAGAGCUCGCAGUUUCAAGCUUGCAGAUUCAAGCAGAGGCGUCUUUGAAGGAGGUCGUUUGUCAAUUGGCGUCUGGCGUCUGUCGACUGUCGAUGGGUUGAAGCUUGAAGAGUUGAAGGAAGCGAGGCGAGGCGACUGUCGACUUCAGAGACUCAGACGGUCAGACCUGGGCAGGAGGCGAGGAAGAGAGGAGAAUGGGAGAAGGAAGCAGCUUUGCCUUUUCGUAAUUUACGGCAGCAGGUCGAGGUCUUGAGGAAACAGGAAAUAAGGAAUACAGCAGGAUAGCCCUAAAUCUAAUCCCUAAUAUUAGAGUUUAUUACGGUUUAUUGGUCCGGUUUGGUCUACAAAAUUAAAAACCGGGACCGGACCGUAAACCGUUUAAAAAAAAAAAAAAACCGGACCAGACCAUUCAGACCGUAGACCAGACCAAAUACUUAAAUUACGGUUUGGUUUACGGUUUAGACCAAACUGUGUUCAGCCCUAACGAUAAUUUCUCUUACUGAGCUUCAAACUGUGUAGGCUCUUCUGCAUCGGACAAUACAAGACUACCGACAAGCGGGAUUUGAUCCCAAGACUAGCAGUCUAGAGAUCCGAUUGAUUCAGAGCCAAGAUGAUAUCCGCAACCCCCAUGUCAAGUUCAAUGCUGAGAGAUACAGUUAGAGUUUGCUUGCUUUCGUUGAUGAUUAAUAUUUCGUGAAAAGCGUUCAAAUUUGUUACCCGAAGCACAACUUCCUGCAUAUGAUUUUACUCGGCAAUCAAGCAAACUUAGUUCAUUCGUAAAACGAAAUUUCAAGUCUUUAGCACAAAAGCUCAAUAUAAACCACAGUUGUUUUCUGGAAUUCCUCUAACAGACUAAAGGCGAAGGCUAUUUUUGGAAAAUGUAUUUGUUGUAUUGUUAGAGAUUGUAAUCUAUUCAUAUGUGUGUGUACAGCUAAUAAACUUCUUAGUUUGCUUAUUGUCAUUAAAAGGUGAAGUUCAUGAAUCACUUGUUUGUUGGCAAA